CCCAAGUCGAACCUCAUAAUCAUUCCAAUGGCGAAUUAUCUCUCCCUCACUACCCACUCUCUCCUCCUCCUCCUCUUCUCUCUCUCUCUUUCUCUUCACUCCUCCACCUCUUGCAACAGCCCCUCACCCUCUGAUCAGCAAUCUCCCAACAUCACCGAGGCCUGCAAGGCCUCAGCCGACCCCCCAAAUUGCAUCAAAUGGCUGUCCAAUUCCGGUCGAGUCCCUCCCCGCGCCACCAUUCCGGAGGUUAUCCAAUUCGCCCUCAGUGCCACGAACCUGAACCUAAGAGCGGGCCAGGCCAUGGCAAAAGCUAUCCUGGAUGAAUCAUCCGGGAACGUGAACCGAUCCACGGCCGCCAGUACCUGCCUCGAGCUGCUGGGCUACGCCAAAUACCGAAUCGCCCAGGCUCAUGACACAAUUAGCAGCAACCUCAAAGACACGCGCGCGUGGGUAAGUGCGUCCCUGGCUUACCAGUACGACUGCUGGUCGGCCCUCAAGUACGUGAACGACACCAAAUCAGUGCUCGACGCCAUGGUGUUCUUCAACGGGACCUUGAUCCCGGGCACCAGCAGCACUCUAGGGAUGAUGGUCAAUUACGAUAUCUACGGGGAGAAUACCGGGCCUUGGGCCCAGCCCCAGACCGAGAGGCACAAUGUCUGGGAGCCCGUGAAGAAGGGGAGCUGUUCCGACAAGGAGUGUCGUUGUGGCGUGCCGACUGGGCUGAAGGUUGACUUGACGGUGCGCAGGGGAGGGUCCGUGCAGAAGGCGGUGGACGCCGCCCCGGAUAAUCUCGGCCCCGGGGAGCUGUUCGUGAUAUGGAUCCAGGAAGGGGUUUAUGAUGAAACGGUGCGGGUCCCGCUGAAGAAGAAGAACGUGGUGUUCUUGGGGGAGGGCGUGGGCAAAACGGUCAUUACCGGGACGAGAAAGGUGGGCGACCCGGGAGUCAACACGUACAAUUCCGCUACUCUUGCGGUGGCAGGGGACGGAUUCAUGGCCAGCAACAUCACAAUCAAGAACACGGCGGGCCCCAUGGCGCACCAAGCGGUGGCCUUCCGCUCGGACAGCGACCGCUCGGUCAUGGAGAAUUGCGAAUUUUUCGGGCACCAGGACACGCUGUACGCCCACACGCUUCGCCAGUUGUACAAGAAUUGUACCAUUCAGGGCAAUGUGGACUUCAUAUUCGGCAACUCGGCCGCCGUGUUUGAAAAGUGCACCAUCCUCGUCAAUCCCCGCCAGGUCAACCCCACAAAAGGCGAGACUAAUGCCGUGACGGCCCAUGGCAGGACCGAUCCGGCUCAGUCCACCGGGUUUGUUUUUCUCCACUCGUUGGUCGACGCCACCGCCGAGUACAAGAAGUUGAUCCAACAGAACGCCUCAGCGCACAUUACGUUCUUGGGCAGGCCGUGGAAGCAGUACUCGAGGACGGUCUACAUCAAGUGCACGCUCAAGGCUCUGAUUUCGCCCGCUGGCUGGAUGCCGUGGGACAAAACGGAUUUUGCGUUGACCACGUUGUACUAUGGAGAGUAUAAGAAUAGGGGGCCCGGGUAUACUCCCGACAAACGGGUUAAUUGGAGUAGCCAGAUUCCGGCGAACCAUGUCUGCCCCAUCCCAAAUUUUCUGAAUUCGGUGGAUGAUUGUUUCCCUUUGCGGGCCACUGCGAACUACUUAAUCCGGAUCGCGGCGAAAGCCGACGUUAGGACGGGCAGAGAUGGUGGCGGGAAGGGUGGAGAUAGUCGUCGGCGUGUGCUCCAUGGCCGUCGGCGAGUUCCAAUGGGCGGCAGCGAGCGGUGCGAUGGUGGCGUUUGGAUGGCCCUGGGCGGCGCUGUGGAGGUCAGCGCGAGUGUUUGUAUGUGUGUGUGA